CCGUGGCAAACCAGGCCUCUUCCUCUUAGCCUCACGCUGUCUGGACAUUGCAUCACCCGGCCAAGACGCAGACUCGUUUCUUUCAGAGCUGCGCCGUCCUGGAUGCCGCUAAGUGACAAAAAUGGUUCAACAAGUUCCAGAAAACAUUAAUUUUCCUGCUGAAGAAGAGAAAAUCUUGCAGUUUUGGUCUGACUUUAAUUGUUUCCAGGAAUGCUUAAAGCAAUCAAAACAUAAGCCAAAAUUUACCUUCUAUGAUGGGCCUCCUUUUGCAACUGGACUGCCUCACUAUGGACAUAUACUUGCAGGGACAAUUAAAGAUAUAGUUACAAGAUAUGCUCACCAGAGUGGGUUUCACGUUGACAGAAGAUUUGGUUGGGAUUGUCAUGGUUUACCUGUGGAAUAUGAAAUUGAUAAGACCCUGGGAAUCAGAGGACCAGAGGAUGUAGCCAAAUUGGGAAUUGCGGAGUAUAACAGUCAGUGCCGAGCAAUUGUGAUGCGAUACUCUACUGAGUGGAAGUCUACUAUUACCAGACUUGGCCGAUGGAUUGACUUUGACAAUGACUAUAAAACUUUGUAUCCACAAUUCAUGGAAUCUGUCUGGUGGAUCUUCAAACAACUCUAUGAUAAAGGCCUUGUUUAUAGAGGUGUGAAAGUCAUGCCCUUCUCCACUGCGUGCAAUACUCCACUCUCCAACUUUGAAUCUCACCAGAAUUACAAGGAUGUUCAAGAUCCUUCAAUAUUUGUAACUUUCCCUUUGGAGGAAGAUGAAAAUGUUUCUCUGGUUGCCUGGACAACUACUCCCUGGACUCUUCCUAGUAACCUUGCCCUGUGUGUUAAUCCCGACUUGCAAUAUGUGAAGAUUAAAGAUGCUGUCAGAGGAAAAUUAUACAUUUUAAUGGAAGCCAGAUUAUCAGCCCUCUAUAAGUUGGAGAGUGACUAUGAGAUCCUUGAAAGAUUUCCUGGUGCUGCUCUCAGAGGCAAGAAAUACAGGCCCCUGUUUGACUAUUUUCUAAAGUGUAAAGAGAGAGGUGCUUUUACUGUGCUUGUUGACAACUACGUGAAAGAGGAAGAAGGCACGGGGGUUGUGCACCAAGCUCCUUACUUCGGUGCUGACGAUUACCGGGUCUGUAUGGAUUUCAACAUCAUUCAGAAAGACUCUCUCCCUAUUUGCCCUGUGGAUGCCUCCGGCUGUUUUACAGCGGAAGUGACAGAUUUUGCUGGACAGUAUGUGAAGGAUGCUGACAAAAAUAUCAUCAAGACUCUAAAGGAACAAGGUCGACUUCUUGUUGCCAGCACCUUCACCCAUAGCUACCCUUUCUGUUGGAGGUCAGACACUCCGCUCAUUUACAAAGCAGUGCCUAGCUGGUUCGUUAGGGUGGAGCACAUGGUGGAUCAGCUGCUGAGGAACAAUGACCUGUGUUACUGGGUCCCAGAGUUUGUGCGAGAAAAGCGAUUUGGAAAUUGGCUGAAAGAUGCACGUGACUGGGCGAUUUCCAGAAACAGAUACUGGGGCACUCCUAUCCCACUGUGGGUCAGCAGUGACUUCGAGGAGGUAGUAUGUAUUGGGUCAAUAGCAGAACUGGAAGAACUAUCAGGAACAAAGAUCUCAGAUCUCCACAGAGAGAGCAUUGACCAUCUGACCAUUCCUUCACGCUGUGGAAAGGGAUUGUUGCAUCGCAUCUCUGAAGUGUUUGACUGUUGGUUUGAGAGUGGCAGCAUGCCAUAUGCUCAAAUUCAUUAUCCAUUUGAAAACAAGAGGGAGUUUGAGGAUGCAUUUCCUGCAGACUUCAUUGCUGAAGGCAUUGACCAAACCAGAGGAUGGUUUUACACCCUGCUGGUGCUAGCCACAUCUCUCUUUGGACGGCCACCAUUCAAAAAUGUGAUUGUGAAUGGACUUGUCCUGGCAAGUGAUGGUCAAAAAAUGAGCAAACGCAAAAAGAAUUAUCCAGAUCCACUUUCCAUCAUUCAUAAAUAUGGUGCUGAUGCCCUCAGAUUAUAUCUGAUUAACUCCCCUGUGGUGAGAGCAGAAAACCUUCGCUUUAAGGAGGAGGGUGUCCGAGACGUCCUGAAGGAUGUUCUGCUCCCUUGGUACAAUGCCUAUCGCUUCUUCAUCCAGAACGUCCUAAGGCUACAGAAGGAAGAAGAAAUGGAAUUCCUUUACAACGAGAACAUGGUUAAAGAAAGUACCAACAUCACAGACCGGUGGAUCCUGUCCUUUAUGCAGUCGCUCGUUGGGUUCUUUGAGACUGAAAUGGCAGCUUACAGGCUCUAUACUGUGGUUCCUCGCCUGGUCAAGUUUGUGGAUAUUUUGACCAAUUGGUAUGUUCGGAUGAACCGUAGAAGAUUAAAGGGUGAAAAUGGGGUAGAGGAUUGUGUUAUGGCCCUGGAGACCUUGUUUAGUGUUCUGCUUUCUUUGUGCAGACUUAUGGCCCCCUAUACCCCUUUUCUUACUGAAUUGAUGUAUCAGAAUCUGAAGACACUGAUUGACCCUGUUUCUGUCCAGGACAAGGACACGUUCAGUAUUCACUACCUCAUGCUGCCCCAUGUUCGUGAGGAAUUGAUCGACAAGAAAACUGAGAGUGCAGUAUCUAGAAUGCAGUCUGUGAUUGAACUUGGCCGAGUGAUUCGAGACCGCAAAACUAUUCCAAUAAAGUAUCCUUUGAAAGAAAUUGUUGUUAUCCAUCAAGAUCUGGAAGCUCUUAAUGAAAUUAAGUCUUUGGAGAAAUAUAUCAUUGAGGAAUUGAAUGUUCGAAAAGUUACAUUAUCUACAGAUAAAAACAAAUAUGGCAUUCGCCUAAGGGCAGAGCCAGAUCACAUGGUCCUGGGGAAGCGUCUGAAAGGAGCUUUCAAGAUGGUGAUGACAUCCAUCAAACAGCUGAGCAAUGAGGAGCUGGAGCGGUUCCAGGAGAAUGGGACCAUUGUUGUGGAAGGCCAUGAAUUGCAUGAAGAAGAUAUCCGCCUCAUGUACACCUUUGAUCAGGCAACAGGUGGAACAACACAGUUUGAAGCACACUCGGAUGCCCAGGUUUUGGUUCUUUUAGAUGUCACCCCUGACCAGUCAAUGGUGGAUGAAGGAAUGGCUCGGGAAGUCAUCAAUCGUAUUCAGAAACUUCGCAAAAAGUGCAGUCUGGUUCCAACUGAUGAAAUAACAGUUUAUUAUAAAGCAACUUCUGAGGGAAAGUAUCUGAAUAAUGUUAUUGAAAGCCACACAGACUUCAUAUUUGCCACCAUAAAGUCUCCUUUGAAGCCAUAUCCAGUUCCUAUAUCAGAUGAAAUACUUAUUCAAGAAAAAAUGGAGUUAAAAGGGUCUGACCUGGAAAUUACACUCACCAAAGGAUCUUCCACACCUGGCCCUGCUUGUGCAUAUGUCAAUCUUAACAUUUGUACAAAUGGCAGUGAGCAAGGUGGAGUAUUACUUCUGGAAAAUCCAAAAGGAGAUAAUAGGUUGGACCUUGUAAAACUGAAGAAUGUUGUUACUAGCAUUUUUGGUGUAAAAAAUACAGAGCUGGCUGUCUUCCAUGGUGAAACAGAAAUAAAAAACCAAACCAACUUACUGAAUCUUAGUGGAAAAACACUUCGUGUGACUGCAGGAUCAGCACUGUCUGUGAUUGACAGUCCUAGCACUCUUCUCUGUCAGUAUAUCAACCUACAGCUCUUGAAUGCAGAUCCACAAGAGUGUUUAAUGGGAACAGUAGGCACUCUUCUGCUUGAAAAUCCACUUGGGCAGAAUGGGCUCACCCACCAAGGUCUUCUGUAUGAAGCAGCCAAGAUGUUUGGCCUCCGGAGCAGGAAGCUAAAGCUGUUUCUGAAUGAGACUCAAACAGAAGAAAUUACAGAAGAAAUCCCUAUGAAGACUUUGAAUACGAAGACUGUAUAUGUUUCUGUGUUACCAACUACAGCAGACUUCUAACAUUCAGUUAUCUGUGGUUCAGUCAACAUGUCCCUGGCAUAUACCUGUUCUUCCCCCCUCCACUGAAACACACACAUGGACACAGACAUAUUGAAGAUGUUUUGUUCAGAUGCAUGUAUAAUAUACUGCUUUUUAUCUAAAAUCAAAAUGGAAUUGAUCAGGUGACUUGAGACUUAACAGUAUUCACACUUAACCUUAAACACCUAUGCAUUUAUGUUGAGAGAAAGUUGGUGUUACCUCAGCUCUAAAAAGUAUGCUUCUAUACUUGAAAUUUUACGUAUAGAAUAUAGAAGUAGUUUAAAUGGUAUAGUGUGUGUGUCUACACACACACUCAUAUAUUUAUAUAUAGUUCUGUGGCCUUUUAAAACUUGUGUGAAAUCUCUUAAAGGAAUGGACAGUGUUGUAUAUUUUUUGCUACCUGGAUUUUCGUGGGUAAUCUGAUGGAAUAUUUUAAGUUUCAGUAAAUCAGAACAAUAAAUUUUCUCUCAGAUAAUAAA